GAGCCACACCAGUUGGGGACACCUGAUUCUUUUAAAAGUCACUUUGAAGCAAAAAGGUUAGGUAAUUACUAUUGUUAUUAUUUUUUUAAUCAAAAUUAUACCUAUUUUUUGUUAGAAUAGCAAAAUAUAUUUUUGCUGUGCUGUAGAAUUUUAGUAAUUAGUUUAUGUGUGCUAUGAGAUGCAAAAGGUUGAAAAUUGCUGAUUUAGCAAGAUCUGAUCUGAUGAUCUAAGAACAUGUGACCAUUCUUUAGGGAGAAAUACCUAAGGCACUUUUUUAUUUUUUUAAUAUAUUUUUAUUGAUUUAGAGAAGAAGGGAGAGGGAGAGAGAGAUAGAAACAUGAAUGAUAAGAGAGAACCAUUGAUCGGCUGCCUCUUGCACAUCUUCUACUGGGGACCGAGCCCACAACCCAGACAGGAGCACUGUCCCAGAAUGGAACCGUGACUUCCUGGUUCAUAGGUCCAACGUUCAACCACUGAGACACACUGACUGAUGAUGUUAGACCAGUAGAUGCUAUAAUGUAUUUUUGAGUUUCUCAAACAAUUAGGCCUGCAUCCUAAAUGGCAAUUUGUCGAUGUAUAUGGAAUGGAUCCUGAACUCCUUAGCAUGGUACCAAGACCAGUGUGUGCAGUAUUACUUCUCUUCCCUAUUACAGAAAAGUAUGAAGUAUUCAGAACAGAAGAGGAGGAAAAAAUAAAAUCUCAGGGACAAGAUGUUAAAUCGUCAGUAUAUUUCAUGAAGCAAACAAUCAGCAAUGCCUGUGGAACAAUUGGACUGAUCCAUGCUAUUGCCAACAAUAAAGACAAGAUGCAUUUUGAAUCUGGAUCAACCUUGAAAAAAUUCCUAGAGGAGUCUGUGUCAAUGAGCCCUGAAGAACGAGCCAGAUACCUGGAGAACUAUGACGCUAUUCGAGUUACUCAUGAGACCAGUGCCCAUGAAGGUCAGACUGAGUCCUCGCCAUCCUCAUCACAGCCUCAUUGUAGCCACUGCAGAACGAAGGCCUCAUCAUUGUGUCACCAUGCAUCCCUGCCCUGGGUCAAACGUAACCAUGUAGACCCUGCAAAGGCUACCAGUCCAUCUCUCCGUCUUCGUCGCUGGCGACCCUUCUUACGCCUACCAUCUUUGGGUCUCCAUUCUGUUGCACCAAAUAUAGAUGAAAAAGUAGAUCUUCAUUUUAUUGCAUUAGUUCACGUAGAUGGGCAUCUCUAUGAAUUAGAUGGACGGAAACCAUUUCCAAUUAACCAUGGUGAAACUAGUGAUGAAACGUUAUUAGAGGAUGCCAUAGAAGUUUGCAAGAAGUUUAUGGAACGUGACCCUGAUGAAUUGAGAUUCAAUGCAAUUGCUCUUUCUGCAGCAUAGUUUGUCAAUAAUGGAAACACCAAGUACUGUAUUAUUUGCAACAAAAAUUUCAUUUCUGCUGCCAUACACUAUCUCAAAAAUUUUGAUAUUUUCAUUAACUUGACUGAUUAAACUUUAUGUGAAUUAAACUUUGA